GUCGGUGGCAAGUGACGCACCGGCUCUUCUCGCGGCACGCUAUCUCUGCAGAACGAUGUCAAGCGGAUAAAUUAUGCCACGAAAGGAGAACACCAAAGCGAAAACAUGGGAGCGAGAUCGAAGAAAACGUAUGAACGCGUACUUCAAGACAUUGGCGGAUCUACUGCCGCCGCAUCAGGAAGGUCGCAAGCGCAACAAGGUCGACAUCCUGAUCCACGCCUCGAAGUACAUAAAAGACCUCCAUAAUCGCACCGAGGAGCUAUUCUCCACUCACGCUUCCGAGGCACACAAGGAAGAAUUGGCACGUUUAAAAAAACUGGUGACACAGCUGAUGUCUCGCACUCAGUUACUGUCCACUCUUCUCAAGGAGGCAGGAAUUUCUGUACCGGCCGAACCGGCCCUUGAAAAAAUAUCUCCUUUGAAAUGGUCGAACAAAAUUAACGUCGACGACGUAGACAAGUAUUUUGAUAAGAUCGAGGAAAAGAAAACUUUGGAGAAGAAGAAAAAAGAGAAAUCCACGGAGAACAAAGUGCCUUCUAAGAGAAAAUCUGCAGCACCGUCAGCUUCGAAAAAGUUGUCCGAGGAAGCUGCCAUCGCCAAGAACGUUUGUAAUUCGAUAGAGAAUCAGGAGAAUCGAGUGAACUGUGCCAAUAGCAAAAACUAUAAUUCCGAUAGUACAAGUAGCCUGCCUGGAACUGGAUCGAAGGAAGCAGAGAAUUGUCAAAAUGAUUCUGCCAAUGAAGCGACUGCGACAGGGACAACCAAUACGAAAAAAAAGACCGUGGACAAGAAAGUCGAAUCUCAAAAGUCAUUGAAGAAGAAACGCAAACGCAAGGAUGAGAAAAACUCAACGGUGGCACCUAUGGCCAAUACUGUCACGAAUUUAACACCAAAUACUCUUAUUUUGUCCGGAAAACUGAUGCCCCUCGUAGCUCCAAUGACAUCGAACAUCAUCGUGAAUACGCAACAGGCAUCGACGAAUCCGAUAAUCCUCGGUAACACGCAACAGAGUCAGAUGAUCGUGAUGCAACCCCUGGCGAAUCGUGUCCAGAAUACCGUCUCCAUAUGUAAUCACGCUCUGAUUAACACCAUGCAGAAGGUCACUUUGAACACCGUGCCAAGUAUUCGCGCGAAUAUGGUCGUCGAUUCUCACAAUUGGGCGUCCAACGUGAAGAAUAUAAUUAAUGCCACGAAGAUCGGCGGACACAAGGGUAUCCUGCCGAAAGGCAAGGAAAUAACAAAGACGACUAUGGCUUACAAAGUGCCUAUUCCAGCGAUACACAAGGAGAAAGUGGAGAAGCCUAAGGAUAGCGCGAGCAAGAAGGAAUCGGAAGUGAAAGCGAAGAGUAGUAAAAAUCAUUCCAAGAGCGUUCACAAAGGCGUUCAAAGUACGGAAACGGCCGAAGAGUUAAAUGUCGAGAAGAAAUCGCCGAAGGAACCUGCCAAGACGCAAGAGGACGCAACCGCCCCGCCGCGAAAAGGCGCGCUUAAACGCCGCUUGUCCGCAGAAUCUGAUUCCGCGGACGAGCCGGAAGACAAGAAACGGAAAGACGCAAACGGCGAAGCGAAAUCUGCCCAACCAAUUGCUUCGAAAGCAACAGAUUUCACCGCCACGUGCAAAUCUAUCGUAAGCUUAAAGCAUGUUAUAGAGAAGAUAGGGGAAAACAUUCGAGAUGAACCUGCGACUGUCAGCAACGAGAAGGAAUCUACCGUUUCGAUAUCAACUGUAGCUACUCAAGCAGCGAACGAUAGUCGCGAAGAAACGUCCACGACGAGCAAAUUAAUGGACAUUGUGGACACAAAUUGCUUCGAUAUAAACAAGAAAAUAACUGAGGACGUUGUCGCAUCGCAGACUGCUGCCUCGGACAAAUUGCCCAGUGAAUCGCAUGAGACAGAUGCACCUGAUCGAUCGUCCAACGACUUUAACAUGUCGAUAGACAGUAUAACGGAAAAGAGUGGCGAAAACCUGGAACCUUUGGACGCGAAAUCGACUCUGACGGAUGUUGAAGUGGCGGAGAAGGCCGCCGGUUCGGAUGGACCGAAGAAAACGUGCAAUCUGGGCACGCGUUUUGACAGUCUUCUGCGCGUAGCGACUGCCAAGGAGCAACAGCGGGUCAACGACGUGAUGAGCGGCGCGGAGAGCAACAAGAUCAUUCUGAAUUUGGACACGAACACUACGACGACGAUGAAGUCCGACGUGAACAUUGUCGAUGCUGCGACAUCAGCUUCGGCAUCGUCGUCAUCGUCGUCGUCGUCGUCGGCGUCGUCACCAUUAACGGCCAAUGUGGUUAACGACGAGGCUAAAUUGACGAAGACUUCGAAGGAGGAAAUGUCGAAAUCAUUGCCGUACACCAGCGACAACACGUUCGUGCCGAUCAGCAACAGGACGGACGGGCUACACUCGGACUUGUCCAAUGACAUAUUCGCCUCCCUGCACGUUCCCUCCAGUUCGCAUAAUCCAGAGUCGAUAUCACCCACGGCAGCGUUCCUGAUGGCUUUCCCGCUGGUGUCGUCCUUGAACGGCAAGACCGAGGUCCUGGACGAGGAGAUGAAGGAUGACUUCAAAUAUAAUACCGGUACGCCGCCGAUGCUGCUGCAGAUCGGCACCAUGGAGCCGAACAGCUUCAAGAUCAAGACUUCCUCGCCGUCGCACGCGAUCGCGGAGAAGCGGCUGAAAACGGCGCAAACCUGCGAAGAGAAGCAAAUCACGUCCGCGAACGUAAACGCGAACGCCGAUGUAAUCGUUCCUGUAGAGUGCACGACGACAAAGUCGUUGCCGAAGGUGGUGAACGAAGAAACGCUGCGGGAGCCGUACAAGAUAGUUCAGACCGUCCUGACGCCCAGCUUGGAGAAAUCCGUGAUGACCACCAGCGCAUUUCCAUCUCAUACCUCUGUCAAUUUCUCCGCCGUGGACUCCUCGUGUAUCGUAGGUAAUUCCCCGAGUUUAGCGACGAAUCAAAGUCGUCCGAGUCAAUUGAAGACGAGCGCGCUGAACAGUGUUAACGUAAUUUCGUCUCAAGCGCCAGUGAACAUCUCUGCGUCCACCAACAAGAGCGAUAUCGCGGAUUGUACGUCGUCUCAAGUGACAACGAGCCGCAAUCCCGACAUAGCGUACUCCGGAGCGCAGGACUUCUUGCCUAGUUACUCGAUGGUGAGCAAUGCUGCAAUGCAACAUACGUCCAACUCGUCUAUGUUUAAAAACGCCAUCGCGACGACGGAAGAGUCGAAUCUCACGGUCAGUCCGCGCGUCGACAACGUCGACGCCUCUCAGAAUCUAUUGAACCCUCGUACACUCGACAACGCGACAGUUACCACGAAUUCCUCGUCCACGGCUUUGCGGUCCUUGCAAACGGACUAUCCGACUCAAACGAAGGACAAAGGCUCGCAGAGUACAUCACACGUAAUCUAUUCGUCGCACAACAAGGACACGCUUAUCGAUUCUGCCGCUAUCGUUCCGGAUCAUCGUGUCGAUUAUGCCAAUCAGAUGGAUCGAGGUCUUCCGGCGACGUCCCAGAGUAUGCAAAGCUACUCUCUGCCAACCAAAGAUUCCUCCCUUCCGAUUCUGUCCUCUCAAGACAUGCAACAUAUUAUGUACAAUCAGACCAAGGACAGUCAUGUCCUCUUGGAUUUGAACAGCUCCCAGCAGACGUUUACUGUUCAGAAAAAACAGGAACAUAUUAUCGCGAGCUCUCACAACGAUUACGUCGGAAAUCAAGCGAAGGUGAUGUCGCAGAAGGACUCCAUAUCAUAUCCAAGUGGCGACAACGAGGCCGCGAGCGCCCCAUCGCGCAAUCAAGAUUACGUGACGAAGACUGUGAGUCAUAGCUCCUCGGAAAACACUUUCCAACGAAACUAUUCUAAACUAAACAAGAGCACGGACACAUUGAACAGUUCGAAUCAGGUGAAUCAAGAAGCAAAACUGAAUAAUGUGCUUGGCUCGAAGACUCAAGAACAACAACACAAUCACAUACGCGAUUCGGCUUACGUUUCCGCAAAGAAGCUGGAUGUAGAUCCAUUCGUUCAGUCGUACCAGUAUACCGUUAAGGAGGCGAUGAAUAAUCACAGCGAGCGGACAAACGUUCUAAAUACAAAUACCGAUAAUACGCAUAGCAAUUACGUUUCGUAUCCCAGUAAGGACGACAAGAAAACGAACGUCGCUGUUUCGACCAUCGCCAUGGCCAACAACAAUAAGCCAGCAGCGGUGCAGCAGGGUGGCGUCGCGCGAUACUCGCAGCAGACCUCCUCAUUCAUCGCUACGUCCAACUACGAACAGAGCACGAUGACGGAGAAUCACACCAAGUCCACGACCACUGUCGCUCAUAAUUCGUCUAAUUUUAGUAUCCUCUCGUGGACAACGUUCUCGCCGGUCAACGGCGGUGGCGGCGGUGGCAAUAACAAUCUGGUACACUACGAUCAGGGGCAGUCACAUCCGAACGAUAACACCGAAGCAAAGACUAUCUGCGAGAAUUACAGCUACGUACCAUUGCACAAGGACACCUCGAGUUUCUCUAAUCAAGUGUUGAUCGGCGACAAUUACCCGAGUAGCACAACCAUGUCGACCGGGAUCGACAAAUCGCGACAGGGGAAGAUCGAGUCGCAGAAGCAAUCCUUCGCCGAUCCCUCGAAGACCAGAAACGAUCCGUCGAAGCAGAAUCGGAUGCAAAAUCAGCAGACUGGCAACGACUACAAGUUCCCCGACGGUGGUAAGAGCAAGAACAAGUACGGCAUGGAUUCGGACUACAUGCAGAACGAGUACAGUGCUACCAUGGAUCAGCAGCAGCAUUCUCAGCAACAGAAGAAUCAUCAAAACCUGUCAUCCAAGCAGGAAAAGACGAUAUACACGUACGAACCGCAGAUCAACUUCGAUCUGGCGGAGAGUAACGUGCAGAUGAAGUAUUCGAUCGAGGCUUACACCGGUGUGACCUUCAAGUACGCGGAAAAAUCGCAGCAGCCAAGUCAGCACAAAUAUCAGGUUGUCCCACAAGGACAGAUUUCUCUGCACGACAGCGGUAGUUACAGCAGCGAUGUGAAACAUAGCCAACAACAACAGCAACCGCAGCAAUCGCACAGUAGCAAUAACAAUGGUAACAACAGUAAGUCCAAGAGUAAUCAACACCAACAACACUCGAUCAAGGCGCCGGUUAACUGGAUGAUGACACCAGAGGUCAAGCACAACGCCAACAUCACCGAUAUUAUUCUACCGCCGAUCGGCAAGGAGCUGGAGUUCUGUCCAAAUAAUCUGUUUACGCAGACAUCCACAUACAAUCAGGGUACUCCAAAUCAGUUCUACAACAAUUAUGACGUGCCUGCGGCCCACAGCUUCCCAAAUCUACCGGUUCUGCAAAGCGAUCCGAAGAGGCCCGCGGAGACCUUCUAUUCCGAGGAGCAACCGUUUCCGUGGUCUCCGACGAAAACCAGCGUGCACAACAGCGUCGAGCACGCGAUCGGUCAGUCAUCGGUCAAGUGUAUCGAUCAACACAUUGUGCCGUCGAGUUUGCAGAGUCUGGUAGGCGAUCUCGAUCUUAGCGCCAAUCUGGAGAAGCAAAACUUCCUGUUCGGUGCUGCAACCUCGUCGACGAGGAUCUCCACGGAGCAGAGCAAGGACGCGUCCAUAAAGGAGAAAGAGGCGAAUAACGUGGCGGGACGGGAUCUACACGCGAUAUUGAAUACUCAGAACGCGCAACAUCCAGCUUCCACUUUUCUAUCUGUCAGUCAGCUGGUGGAGCAUGAGAAGGCAGAGAAAAGCCAUCAGCAGCAGAAUCACCAGCAGCAUCAACAUCAUCAGCAUCACCAUCCACAUCAGCAUCAGCAUUCGCAGCAACAUCAGCAGCAGCAGCAACAGCAGCAGGUUAGAAAACAUCAGAGAAAGAGCAACGCGAGUCCUAGAACGACUAGUAAGCGGCAAAUGGACAUUCGCAAGUCUGCAACGACCAACGACAACAAUAAUCUGCAUCAGCGGCACGAGGAACAAAAAUCGUCCGGGCACGUGUUCACGGAACAGGGAUACCAGCAGCCGCAGCAACAACAGCAGCAGCAGCAGAAGUAUCAACAGAACAACGUUCACUGGCGAAGCAGAAACUGCAAAAGCAACUACACUGCGGAGGCGUUGAUUGGCACCAGCAUUCAUGAUACUAGCGGCCAUCAAGAUAAGCACGCGUCGAUCAAAUUCACAACCAAUUAUCCUCAGAAUAAAUUCCAAAGUGGCUUGUCCGCGGACGCUGCAGUGAUGCCUAUCAAUUAUUUCUCGAGCGCGCCACCACCGGACGACGGCACCGCGGCCGGUUACGGUCAAUCGGUGGUCAAUCAGAACUUCAACACGUACGCGUACUCGUCCAAUUCCGCUAACUCUAUCUAUCCUACCAGCAAUUUCAUCACCAGCAUCUCCAAUACGCCCAAUACCUACAUGCCCAUGCCGCUGCACGAGAACGCCGCCGAUUACGUGCAGGAGGCCAACAGCUUUCUGUUGCCGAACGUGGCAGGAACGAGCAGCUCGUCGAGCGCCAGCACGUCCAGCUCCGCGAACACGAUCUCCACUACGGCGGGGAACGCCAACGGGAACGGGAAGAAUCACCAGCAUUACGGGAAGCAUCCCAACUGCGACAAACGUUCGUACUCCACUGCCGCGAAAAAGGGCAAGCGAAAGGCUCUCGAGAGCGGUCCCAUGCAGAACCUGGAGUUUCCGUUGUCCGGCAUUAACUCUCCGCUGGAGGACUACCAUCAUUCGACGACGUUCCUGGCGCCGCCGCCACCCCCGCCCCCACCACCACCGCCACCACACGCUAAUCCUCUCUAUCAAAAUCAUACGCAAACGAAUGUCUACGCCAAGACUGUCAAUGGUCUUCCACCGCCGCCACCGUCGGCCAUGGCGAGCGCUCAGGGUGUCGCAACCGUGGGAGCGGCCGGUUUCGCCAUGAACUCCAAUAUGGUCCGCGGAGGAAUCGGCUCGAGCAAUCCGAUGGCCAUGCCGCAUCAUCCCUCGGGCACCAGUCUCACCAAUUUCAACUUGAGCACGAUAUUUCCUGAAAUAAAUGACAAGGUCACCGGAUACAAAUCCUCGAACGGUAUACCACCCGGCCUAUCGCAGACGUCCAAUCAGCCUGCAACUUAUGCGCAACGAAGUAAUUAUCCGUCGAACUCUCUGUGCCACUUGCCGCAGGUUUCGGAAGGCACGCAAUUCAUUAAUAGCGUUCCAUCGCUUCCCGUACCUCCUGCUCCUCCUCCUCCUCGCCACCCCAUCUCUUUCACACGGAGUAAUCCAUUAUAAAAAUCUAUGAUGAGGUUUCAUAGUUUGUGAUACAAAUCGAUCGUCGCUUGUACAUAUGUAAAUACUAAGUAUCGUUCAAUUAAAUUAAAAGACGUUGAUACAAAAAUGUACAUUUAUGUUGGUACGUUGAUUAAAUGUCGAAUUAUAAAGCAGUGAUUCGUUAAAUUAUGUCGGCUCAGACUUUAUUUCAUUUUAAAUUAAAAAGAAUCGUACAAUGAA